UGACUUCAACAACAAAUAGACAAACAAAGCACACAAACGAGCUACAAAAGUUUGAUUGACAUUUCAAUUAAAUUAUUGCCAAAGUUGCUGUCGCUGACGCUGACGCUGUCGCUGUCGUUUUUAUUGGCGCCUCAGCGGAAGCUCGGAAUGUUCCGAGUGCAGAAAACUUUGCUCGCCGAGUACGAGGAGAUCUAUGAGCCGGUGCUGGUCGAGAAUCCAUUCACCCUGGUGGACACCCGUGGCAUAGGUCUGCGCCAGUAUCAAGUGGCCCUCACCGCCAGCCGCAUUAUAUUUGGCUGCGACAACUUCUUCAAGCACGGACAGCCCGGCAGCGUGUCCAGCAGCUAUGGGAAUAGUCUCGAUCCGGAGAUCGAGUGCUUCGAGCUGGUUAGCCUCAUACCGCUGCAGUUGAUCCGCUUCAAUUUCUACCGCUAUCUCGAUCGCUGCCUCAUGAUGGUAAGUGUUAACCAUCAGCUGCAGCUGAUACCCCCGCUGUCGCCGGAGAGGCCAAUGAUCUUGGAGUUCGGGGGACACAUCUACAAGACGUACUUCUGGCGCACCUGGCGUGAGCGGGUAUCCACCAUUCGGCUAAUGCAGCCGCUCUACAACCAGAUCACUGGCCACUCACCCUUCUCCAGCACGGACGUUAUGAUGGACGACGAGGAGACGGUUGCGCUGGUUCAUAAGGCGCCCAGGACACCGUCAGUCAUAAGCAGGUGCCAGGCCGAGUUCUAAGCAAAGUCAUAAGAGGCUUUCGCAAAGCUUUCACAUCAUUCCUUCAUUCACUUUGCAGACUUCUUUUUCGUCCCGUUGUCGAUUUAUUUAUUUAUUUUAAGUACUAAAAAUGUACCCAAACACCUUUUAGUUCCCUG